UUCUCAUGUCGAUCGCCUUGGCCAUGGCGGCAGCUCCUCCGCGCCACGUCUCGCAGGGCCGCAACGCCCUCCCCAACUCGCCCCUCAAUCCAAUCACCGCUCGUCACCACCACGCAACCGCAGUCCACGCUAGCAUCGCAGCCACGGCUCCUCAGCCCGCUGCCACCCUAUCCACGAACGCGCACCUCGCUAACUUGGAGCGCCUCCUCGAGAAGCAGAAGCAGGAAAAUCCUCCGGCUGCCUCGGCGCCGGCGAAGAUGCAGCCUGAUGGCGUCAGCGACCCUCCUUCGUCGUACCGAACCAGCCGCCUGCUGCAGGCUCUCAACCUCACCUCCGCCCUCUUCCCUGCCGGCGGGUUCUCCAAUAAGCACGCCGGAGCCGAGGAGGUGUCCCCCAGGAGCUUAACCCGCCUCCGCCGUCUGCUCUCCAAUUCCAACCGCGCUUCCCCGCGCGGUAGUAUCGCCGGCGGAUGGCGCCGCUUCCACGGCGUCGGCGACUGGGAGGGCCUCCUCGACCCCCUCGACGACGACCUCCGCCGCGAGCUCGUGCGCUACGGCGAGUUCGUGCAGGCCACCUACCACGCUUUCCACUCCACCAGCGCGCCGCCGGGUCGCCCCCGCCACGUCCUCCUCCCCGACCGCUCCUAUCGCGUCACGCGCAACCUCUUCGCCACCGCCUCCAUCGAGCUCCCCCCGUGGAUCGACACGGUGGCGCCCUGGGUCAUGGCCGCGCACCCCACCAGCUGGAUCGGCUACGUUGCCGUCUGUGAGAACGAGCGCGAGAUCCGCCGCAUGGGCCGCCGAGACAUCGUCAUCGCCCUCCGCGGCACCUCCACCUGCCUCGAGUGGGCGGAAAACUUCCGCACCGAACUCGUUCCUCUCGAAGAGGCGGAGGCGGAAACAGAGCAGCAGGGAGCGGAAACAGAGGAACAGCGACUCUCGUCGGAAGUGGCGAAGGUGGAAUGCGGAUUCCGGAGUCUAUACAAGACACCGGGGUUGGGAGACAAGCCGAGCCUAUCGGCGGCGGUGGUCGAGGAGGUUAAGAAACUAAGGAAGGAGUACGCGGGGGAGGAGCUGAGCAUCACAGUGGUGGGGCACAGCCUGGGGGCGGCUCUGGCGGUGCUGGUGGCUGAAGAGGUGGCGGCGCUUGUACCUCCGGAACGCGCCGCCACGGCGGUGUUCACCUUCGGUGGGCCGCGGGUGGGGAACCGAGCAUUCGCGGAGCGGGUGGAGAAGCGGGGGGUGAAGGUGCUGAGGGUGGUGAACGCCCACGACUUGGUGCCGCGCGUACCGGCGGCUCCGCUGAGAACUCGGAACGAAGGGUACGCCCACGUGGGGCGGGAGCUGGUGGUGGACAGCCAAAGCUCGCCGUACCUACGCCCGGACGCCGACCUGUCGUGCUGCCACGACUUGGAGGCCUACCUCCACCUCGUCGACGGCUUCAGGGCGGCCGGUGGACCAUUCCGGGAGAACGCCAAGCGGAGUCUUGCUCGCCUCCUCAGCCAGCAGGGCGCCAACAUCAAGAAGCUGUACCUGAACAAGGCGCAGGAGCUCCGGCUGAAGCAAACCGCCGGAAGCUUCGGCCGAUGCAACUCCGGCCAACUGGCAAGCCCUUCCUCCACUUUCUAGUCGUCAUCGCCGGAGACAAAAGGAGCCAUUUUUGAGUCUCUCAUAUUGCGCAUACAAAAUGAUAAUCUCAAUUAGUCUCGUAUAAUGACUGAUUUGAUUCCACGAAAAUUUCCUACAAGCCACCAAGAUAAAUCAGACUGUGAAUACCUGAGUAAUAACCUGAAUAUCCUACCACAUCAUCAUAACUCCAGAAAUACAUAACGCGCAUAAGAAAGCAAACCCAUUUGUUCAUAUAUAUUACAAUUAGCAAAGAUGCAACUUCUUCCCAAGAAGUGAGAUAUGGAUGGCUUUAGAAUUUUAUAGCUCAUUAAACGUUGCAAGAACAAGAAUCUGAAUUCAAUGCACUGAAGGAUUUUAAACUAGAGCAAUCAUGGAGCUCAGCAAAGGAAAUAGAGAAUUAAGUUCUUAAGGAACUAAAGUCACACUCUAGCAAUUAUUUUGAGCUAAA